CUUAGCAAAGACCAAUUUCUCAAGCAAGAAUUUUGCAAGGAGGGGAAAACUGAAAAACAGUCGUUUAUGGCAGAGUUUUGGAACUCUUUCUUAUUGGUCUAUUAACUAAUUUACCACUUGGGGAUGUCUCCAGGCAGGACAAAACUCCAUCCCACUAAAGCAGGCUGAAAUGUCAUGCAGUUUUUUCAACCAGCUCUUACACUAAAGGAGCAUUAUCAUCAUUUUCAAAAUUGACCCCUUUUCCGAUACCAUCCCCUCCUACUCUGUCUCGUGGGCAGAGUACUGCAGCGUUCAAGUGGCUGCUAUUUUGCAGCACUGAAAGCGCACUUCCAAGGAAGAGCUUAUUUGACGGAGGAUGAGAAAGGAUUUGGUGAAAUGGACUGUUAUUAUUUGUACACACUGUGGUUAAUUAUUGCUACACAAGAAGGCAGAAUAAUUGUGCAGAAAACGAGAUUAGAUUUCUAUGUUUCGCUUCUUAUUGUGAUUUCUUCCUCUGGCAGGUUAGUGUUGUGAGAUGUGCUCUAUUUGCCAUGGCAAGAGGUCUGUUUUCAUGGGUCUGGCUGAGGAAGCCUAUCUACAUACAGCGUACUUGCUCUGUCGAUGCCCAAGAGCUGUAGUCAUUGGCCCAAUUCAGUAGGCACUCACCGUUUCUGUAGCAACAGGGAUCAUCCAGCUUUCACACAAGACAGGAGGAUACAAGGCCCGAUUCUCCUACCUGCACAUGAAGUAUCUGUUCUUCUCGUGGCUGGCAGUGUUUGUGGGUAGCUGGGUGGUGUAUGUGGAGUACUCAUCCUACUCAGAGCUAUGUCGUGGACAUGAGUGCAAGAAUUCCAUAUGUGACAAGUACAGGAAAGGAGUGAUCGACGGCUCGGCAUGCAGAAGCCUGUGUGAAAAAGACACGCUGUACCUGGGGAAGUGUCUCUCUGCCAAGCCGAACAACCAGGUCAGAUCUGACUCUGAUCCUAGUUCUACGGUGUACUCAGGUGGCUGGGGGGACCUAGAGGGGGUGAUUAAGUGCCAAAUGGAAGAGAUUCCUCAUUAUAACCUGGGAGCUGAGAUGGAGCACAGGAAGGAGGCAUCGUCCUUCAACAAGCCCACCAAGGGAACUUCCGUGGAGAAGUUCAAAGAGAUGGUCCUCAGCCACCUCAAGACCAAGGUGGGUGAACAGGCCAACCUUCCAGACCUGGUGAGCCUGGUUUUCUCCGUGGCCGACUACAACAAAGAUGGCCUCAUCUCCUUGCCGGAGGCCCGCUCCACGUGGGCUCUUCUCCAGCUCAAUGAGUUUCUGCUAGCAAUAGUCCUGCAGGACCGAGAGCACACCCCUAGGCUCCUGGGCUUCUGUGGGGACCUGUAUGUGAUGGAGAAGGUGCCCUAUGCUCCCCUGUACGGCAUCAGCCUGCCCUGGGUGGUGGAGCUGUGGAUCCCCGCGGGGGUACGACGCAGCAUGGACCAGUGGUUCACGCCCUCCUGGCCCCGCAAGGCCAAGAUCUCCAUCGGCCUCCUGGAGCUUGUUGAGGAUGUCUUCCACGGGACCUUCGGCUCCUUCCUCAUGUGUGACGUGAGCGCGGACGGCUUCGGUUACAACGACCGCCACGACCUGAAGGUGAUGGACACUCGCCACAUUGUCCCUGAGGCCACCUUCCAGAAAGCCAUGAGGGAGCGGCGGUGCGACACGGAAGAGGACUGUCUGUACGGUGCCGACUGUCGUACUUCCUGUGACCUCACCAAGCACCAGUGUACUCCAGAGGUGACGCAGCCCAACCUGGCCAAGGCGUGCGGCGCACUGAAGGAUUACCUCCUGAACGGGGUGCCGGCUGACAUUCAGGAGGAGCUGGAGAAACAGCUGUAUGCAUGUAUAGCAUUGAAGGGCUCGGCCGAACAGAUGGAGAUGGAACACUCGCUUAUACUGAACAACCUGAAGAGCUUGUUGUGGAAAAAGAUAUCGCACACUAAGGACUCCUAAUGAGGUGAAAACAUAGGUACAUCCUGACCCUGGAUUUGAAAGUAUUGAUUGGAACAGCGUUUCUACCAUUGUAAAUCCAUACUUUGGGAAAGGGUGGAGAAUCAGGACACAGAUGAACACUACUGCUGCCCCCUCAUGCUUUUUAGGGAACUAUAAUGAACAAAAAUAUAAACGCAACAUGUAAAGUGUUGGUUCCGUUUUUCAUGAGUUGAAAUAAAAGAUACCAAGAAAUGUUCCAUAUGCACA